GGGCAAAGGUGAGACGUAGGGGAUGAGGGAAGUAGGGCAAAGGUAACCGGGACGGAGUGUAGGAGAGAGGUGACAGUUCGCAGAGCGGAGGACGUCCACCCUGGUUUCAUGAUUCUGUUGGCUGAAAUGGCUCGCCUGCUGACUAAAUCCUGCUUCUUGAAAGGGGGUUCGUCCUGCGCCCCGGGGCCCAUCUUGCUCAGGGCAUACAGCUCUGGAAGUGGUGACUCGGAAUACUUGCAGAAAAGCAUUGUCCCAACCAUGCACUUCCAGAAAAGUCUACCCAGGUUACCGGUUCCUAAACUUGAAGACACAAUAAAGAGAUACUUGAAUGCACAGCGACCUCUGCUAGACGAUGAACAGUUCAGCAAGACUGAGCAGCUGGCACGUAAUUUCCAGAAUGGUGUGGGCAAAGAGCUGCACGAGGAGCUCGUCCUGCAAGAUAAGCAGAACAAACACACAAGCUACAUCUCCGGUCCAUGGUUUGACAUGUACUUAUGCGCACGUGAGCCCAUUGUUCUUAAUUUUAACCCAUUCAUGUCCUUUACCCCGGAUCCAAAGCCAGAGUAUAACGACCAGCUUCUCAGGGCAACAAACAUGACGGUGUCUGCCGUGCGUUUUCUGAAGACCAUUCGUGCCGGCUAUUUGGAGCCAGAGAUUUUCCACUUGAAUCCUGCCAAAAGUGACACACAGAAAUUUAGGAAGCUUAUCCGACUUGUGCCGUCCUCCCUUUCUUGGUACGGCGCCUACAUGGUAAACGCAUACCCCUUAGACAUGUCUCAAUAUUUCCGUCUUUUUAACUCCACCCGGAUACCAAAGCUGAACAAGGAUGAACUGAUGACAGAUGAGAAAGGACGACAUCUUCUGGUCCUCAGGAAGGGGAACUUCUAUGUAUUUGAUGUAUUGGAUAAAGACGGAAACGUACUGAAAGCCUCAGAAAUCCAUGCCCAUCUGAAACACAUCCUGUCCGAUUCAAGCCCAGCCCCAGAAUUCCCAUUGGGGUAUCUGACAAGUGAAAAUAGAAAUACAUGGGCGCUAGUGAGGCAGAAGCUGCUCAACAAUGGCAACGAAGAGGCUCUGAGGAGAAUAGAUUCUGCUGUGUUCUGCUUAUGCCUGGAUGAAUUCCCCACUAGAGAUCGCCUUCACUUGUCGCACAACAUGCUCCACGGGUCCGGCCUGAACCGCUGGUUUGAUAAAUCGUUCAGCAUCAUCAUGACUGAGGACGGCGCAGCAGCAAUUAACUUCGAGCACUCGUGGGGAGAUGGGGUCGCCGUUCUCCGAUUCCAAAAUGAGGUUUUCAAGGACAGCACAGAGAGGCCCAGUGUAUCUCCUCAGAGCGUCCCCGCAGCUGUGGACUCCACUAAAGCCGUACAAAAACUUACCUUCAAUCUCGACGACUCGCUCAAAGCAGCAGUAUCUGAGGCUAGGAAGAAGUUUGAUGCGUUAGUGGGAUCACUGACCAUUGAGGCCAUGGAAUUUAAGAGAGGAGGGAAGGAGUUCCUGAAGAUGCAGAAGCUCAGUCCCGAUGCCGUGUCUCAGCUUUCCUUCCAGAUGGCCUUCUUAAGGCAGUAUGGGCAAACAACUGCAACCUAUGAGUCGUGUAGCACGGCAGCCUUUAAACAUGGCCGAACAGAGACCAUCCGUCCUGCUUCCAUUUAUACCAAGAAGAGCUCUGAAGCUUUUGUGAAGAAUCCUUCUAAAUAUACUCCAGCAGAGCUCAAGGAAAUGCUGCACGACUGCUCCAAAUAUCAUGGACAGCUCACAAAAGAGGCGGCAAUGGGUCAGGGCUUUGACAGGCACCUGUUUGCUCUAAGAUACCUUGCAGCUGGCAAAGGCAUGAAUGUUCCAGACCUAUUCCAAGACCCAGCCUAUGCGCGGAUAAAUCACAACGUCCUAUCUACCAGCACGCUGACCAGCCCAGCCGUGCAGCUCGGAGGCUUUGCUCCUGUCGUCCCAGAUGGAUUCGGAGUGGGCUAUGGCGUACAUGAUGACUGGAUUGGUUGCAAUGUAUCUGCCUACCCGGCUCGUGAUGUUAAGCAGUUUGUGCAAUGUGUAUAUCAAUCCUUGGAGGACAUUUUCAAAGUAUUGGAAGAUAAACGUGUGAAUAAAUAGAUGACCCCUCAACCACUGGACACAGAAUGAUUACAUUGCCUUUUUUUAAUACCUACCUCUGUACUCGCAGCUGAGAUUGUACCGUGUGGUUGAGGUGGUCAUAGACAUAGUUUUCCUAUAAAAUGCA